GGGGUGGUGCUUAGCCGGCGCCAGACCGACCCUAGGCUUCGGCGAGGCAGUGCGGUUCCGCUGGGCGCUGCCGCACUACCUCAAGCUCCUGCUCCGACUCCGGCUGGGGCUGCUUCCUCCGAGUCCCGAUCUCUCGGUGUAUGUUCCACAUCUGACCGGACAAGAGAUAUGUCUACCCCGGCCCGGCGCCGUCUUAUGAGAGACUUCAAAAGGUUGCAAGAAGAUCCUCCAGCUGGAGUGAGCGGUGCUCCUUCUGAGAACAACAUAAUGGUCUGGAACGCGGUCAUUUUUGGGCCUGAAGGGACUCCAUUUGAAGAUGGAACAUUUAAGCUUACAAUCGAAUUCACUGAAGAAUACCCGAAUAAACCACCGACUGUCAGAUUUGUCUCUAAAAUGUUUCAUCCCAAUGUUUAUGCUGAUGGUAGCAUAUGUUUGGAUAUACUGCAAAACCGCUGGAGUCCGACUUAUGAUGUGUCUUCUAUUUUAACAUCCAUCCAGUCUCUGUUGGAUGAACCCAAUCCGAAUAGUCCGGCAAACAGCCAGGCCGCCCAGCUGUACCAGGAGAAUAAGAGGGAAUAUGAAAAACGUGUUUCUGCAAUAGUAGAACAAAGUUGGCGUGACUGUUGACCACAAGUGGAGUAAAAGAAGAGGCUGGUCAUAAAAAAUGUGUUUAUCACAUUAAUGCUAAUGUCAUUACAUUUACUUUACAAAAGCAAA